AUGUAUCUAUCUCUUAUCUUCUUCCAGUGCGAUGCCCUUAUUUCGGCGAACUUAUCUCACAUCGUGCACUUCCCAUCUUCCCCUUCCUACCCGAGCCUCGUUGAAAACUCUUGGACCAAGGAAACACAGAGAAGCCCUUACUGCUUCGCUGUCCCGAAUACCCCCACCGAAGUUUCUCAAACUCUGCUCGCCCUCCAGUCGGCCGGUAACGGCACCGGCGACUGGCAUAUAGCUAUUCGUAGCGGCGGACACGGAUCUGAUAGCCAGAAUAGCAUUACUGAUGGCGUGAUACUCGAUUUGAGUCAUCUAAACGCUACGACCUAUGACGCUGCUACCAAGGUCGCGAGCGUUGGAACAGGGGCGCGGUGGGGUAACGUAUAUUCAGAUUUACAAAAGCAAGGAGUUAGCGUUACAGGCGGCAGACAGAGCAUAGUGGGUGUUGGUGGGCUCAUACUUGGUGGUGGCGUCGGAUGGACCACACCGCGAACUGGAUUUGCCUGCGACAACGUGGUCAAUUUCGAGGUAGUGCUGGCCAGCGGUGAGGUUGUUAACGCGAAUGCGUCUGCCCACUCUGAUCUGUGGCGUGCGCUGAAAGGGGGAAGCUCCAAUUUUGGAGUCGUAACCAGGUUUGACAUCAACACAUUCCCGGCUAGCAAUAUCACGAUUGAAAGACGAACCACAGGGCCUGAGUAUACGGACCAGUUUAUGGCCGCAAUCAUUGAUUUCACAAAUCUGGAUCAGUCGUUUGACGAAAACGCAAUGGUUUGGGUCAUAUCCUACUUCCCUGGAGUCGGCCUUACCAUGACAGCAACCGAAGUUAAUACCGUCAAUAAUGCGAAUACCACAUCAUUCGACAAAUUUCACGACAUUCCUUUGAUUUCUACAACUGGUAAAAAGUCGUACACCCUGCCGGAUGCUGCCGCAAUCGACGCUCCUGAAAACGUUGGAGCUGGAGCCGUCACGAUUGCUAACGAUCCACGGGUUUUACGCUACUGUUUCGAACAGCAUAUUGAGCUCAUCGCUAGCCUCAACGCUACUGUUGGAAAAAAUUUUAGUACGAUAAUCGAGAUGCAACCACUCCCUACGUACUUUUCAGACAUUAGUGUACAGAAAGGAGGCAACAUGCUUGGACUUGAACAAGACGGUCGCAACAAGCUUUACUUCGCUAUGGCUGUCAUUUUAACGACCCCAGAAACUAUCAAGCUGAAACCACAGGUGUUCCAAAUACUGUCAGCAACUGUUCAAAAAGUUAUAACAUACGCAAAGACAGUUCAAGCAAGCGAGGAAUUUAUCUAUCUGCCUUAUGCAAAGGCAGGCCAAGAUCCGCUUGGGAGCUAUUGCUCUAACAACGUCCACUAUAUGAAAGAAGUCUCAAAGCAUUACGACCCAGAGCGCUUUUUCCAGCGGAUGGUGCCUGGUGUUUUCAAGAUUGAUAGAGUUGAUUGA